GUGUCGUUAGCUUGAACCGUUGUUAUCUACAGAGCUGGGUGGUAAUCACACGGCUAAACGUGCUAUCUGAAUGUUCAUCUUACCGCUAAAAAUUUAUGUUUCAGUGUCUUGAUUGCCACGAUUUUAAUUAUAACUGUACUAUCUAUUAAGCGUGCCACCGUGAAAAACGUGCACGAAUAGUGAGAAAGAAUACGCCGGUGAUAUUCUGUGAAUCUUACCUUUUACUUUGCCGAAGAUCGUAUUUGAUUUUGAUCAAUUUACGACAUCGGUAUAGGAUUGCUUUAUCGAUUAAGAGAAGAUUGUGGUGCAUUUAAAUAAUGGUGCUAUAAUUUUUAGUAAAUUAUCGAAGACGAUGGAUUUGUUUAAAACGCGAUAUCCAAUACAACAAACCUAAUGUUUCAUUGAUUGAAAAACGUUGGUCGUGAUUACAGUGGUUGCUUGGUAGGAACGUGACUUCCAGAUUCGAUUUGAAGCAACUCCUUCUACGAAGGAUACCGAUCCUGGCAUGGCUGCCUCAAUAUAGUUUGUCGAAACUUUUGCACGAUGUUUUGGCAGGAUUGACCGUUGGUUUGACUGCUAUACCACAGGGCAUAGCUUACGCAAUUGUGGCCGGACUUCCAGCUCAGAGGGAAGAGAUGGAACGUGUGGAUAAAACAUAAAAGGAAGACUGUAGCGUGACGUUUAGUUUACCUUGCGAAUGUAAUCGCGUGUUGUUGUUUCUCGACGAUCGGAAAAAAAAUAUUGAUAAAAACGAACAGUUCGAUGGAAUGGUAGCCGGAAAGGCGGUUCUCGUUAGAUAAACUUUUGAAAACUUCAGUACGGCCUCUACAGCAGUUUCAUGGGAUGCUUGGUUUACUUGGUGUUCGGUAGCUGCAAGGACAUCACUGUGGGUCCUACGGCAAUAAUGGCAUUACUGUCGCAAAAUCAUGUUAUAAGACUGGGAGAUGAUAUCGCGGUGCUUCUAUGUUUCCUGACAGGCUGCGUGAUUACGUUUAUGGGAUUGUUCCGCUUGGGAUUUCUUGUCCAGUUUGUUAGCAUGCCAGUGAUCUCUGGAUUUACUAACGCAGCUGCAAUAAUAAUUGGAACAUCUCAGUUGGGCACGUUGCUUGGUUUGAGUGGCAGAAGCGAUUCCUUUAUCGACGCAGUUACCAAAGUUGUCAAUCACAUAAAUGAAAUUACUUUCUGGGACCCGAUAUUAGGAGUCUGUUCGAUGAUCUUACUCGUUUGUCUUAAAAAAUUACCUGCAAAGAAAAGCGGCACGGCGUUGCAAAAAUUCAUGUGGGUAACAUCGUUGGCGAGGAACGCUGUAGUCGUCAUUGUUGGAAUAAUAUUAAGCUAUUCGUUAUACUCUUACGGUAUUAAACCCUUUAAAAUUACUGGACAUAUAACGGAAGGUUUACCGCCGUUCUCUCCGCCACCAUUUUCUCUUGUGAAAGGAAACCAUACGUAUAACUUUGAGGAGUUAAUUGGUGAACUCGGAAGCACUGUCAUUUCAGUCCCGCUGAUUGCCAUUUUGGAGAGCAUUGCCAUUGCUAAAGCUUUUGCCAAAGGGAAGACCGUUGAUGCUAAUCAAGAGAUGCUGGCUUUGGGACUGUGCAACCUUUUCGGCAGCUUUUCUCGAUCAAUGCCAACCACAGGGAGCUUCACAAGGACCGCCGUAAACAACGCUUCGGGUGUAAAAACACCGAUGGGCGGUGUAAUUACUGGAUGCCUGGUGCUUUUAGCGUGCGGCCUUCUGACCUCGACUUUUCAAUUCAUCCCGAAGGCAACACUCGCUGCAGUCAUUAUAGUCGCCAUGUACUACAUGCUUGAACUUCAUAUUUUCACCGUACUUUGGAGAACGAAAAAGACCGAUUUGAUACCUUUGACGGUGACUUUGUUGAGCUGCUUGGCAAUUGGUCCAGAAUACGGCAUGAUUGCCGGGAUCGCGGUAAAUCUAAUUCUCCUGCUCUAUUUCGCGGCCAGACCUGGAUUAUUGAUCGAGGAACGUGUUGUCGAUGGGCUGACGAUUCUGUUUGUAUCGCCGAAACAAUCGUUGAGCUACCCAGCUGCGGAAUAUCUUCGUGAACGGGUGAUGUCGUGGUGUGAUGCCAGAGUAGGGACUAUUCCCGUGGUAGUGGAAGGUCGUCACGUGCUUAGAAUCGAUGCAACCGUCGCCAAGAACCUCGCUUUGCUGCUGGCCGACUUGGAAACCAGGGACCAGAAGCUGGUGUUCUGGAAUUGGUGCGAGGAAGCCAAGAGAACUUUGAUAAGCUACGAUGCUUCUCUCACGAUGUCCUUCAGAAGUUCCGGCAGCAUAGCUCAAAUAUUUUCAGGUAGAAUCGCGUUACCUCAUGUUCCACGCGAGUGAAAUUUUGAAUCUAACGAAUGCACGGGACACUUGCCUCUGAAAUCUUCCUAAGCUUCGUCUAACGAGAGCUGCUCUUCUCUUUUCAACCUGUUCGCGUUUAACGAAGCCUCACGAAACGCUGAAGGUAUUUUAUUUAACGAUGGAACACGUCUCGGCCAAGAUUAGUUCUUCGUGCAACUUCAGUCACCUUCAAUUUGCCUUUCGAUGCACCAACAUCUAUUGAAACUCCACGAACCGCGCCGAAGGUGUCAUUUCAAACAGCAUCUUGACCAAUCAUUUUAUGAGAAGAUGAUAAAGAAAUCGUGCUUCUCGUUAUUCGAUGAAAAAUCCGAUGGAAUAAAGGUGCCACGCUUUUAUAUGCAUGUAAAAAGAGGAAACGUAUUUAAUCAUUCGUAUGAAGAAAUAAUUUUCUUUAUCGCGAAACAUUUGUACAGCAUUUGGCUUGACCGAACGCGCUAUUUAAAUAUUUCUAAUUGUUUUCUGUAAAAUAUUCGAUUGCGAUUACGAGUUAAACGGUGUUAGAUCUAUACGUAGUUAUAUCGUAAUAUUUACAGUACUCUAAAAUUGACUUGUUUUCUUUUUCUAUUUAACGAUAGAGAUAGAAUAUGAGAGAGGAAUACUAUUUCAUCUGACAUUGGCUUACGAAAGAAGACGAAUAACUCUGAUAACGUUUGCUUUAAGAAAAUUACCUGCACUCAUAUUAAAAUUAAUUCCGCAAAUGGUUACUUAAUUAUUCCGUGGAAAAAUAGUGAAAAUUUCUGCCAUAUUUCGUAAAAUCACAAUUCUAGCCAUUAUUUUAAACGCUACGUUUAUUUCAAGAUAAUACACGUUUUUUUAUUCUUAUCUUCCUAAUUUAUCUAAUUUUACGCUUCAGACGGGAAAACACGAACUAUAAUCAUGUUUUUCCAAUUUACAACUAGAUGUAAUCUUUUUCAAUUUUCCUUCAAUUAUUGCGAAAUAGUCGUGAUCGCGUGUUAUUUUGCGCUCAACCACGAUAAAGAUAGAUUUUUUAAUCCCUAACUAUCAUGUGUGAAAGUCUUCCGUAUUGUAUAUUUAAAAAAUUGAACAAUUAAUACAGUUGAACGUGUCGAAUUAAAUGUUUUACUAUUAUUCGAUAUUAGAUGAAGAGGAGAGAAUUAUUGUUUGCAACAGAUACAAACGAUAACGUUGCGGUAAUAUUAUUACAGGAUGGUAAUAUUAAAAUAAAAUUAUUCAUAGAGGGUGCAAUUUCACUUAUAAUAGUUUUUAAGGAUUAACGUUGAAUCGUGUAAAUAUAGGAUUCAGUAUUGAAAGUAUUGAAGGAUUUCGAUUCGUUUCACCUAUAAAUAACGUUUGCGUAACCGCGCGAUGCCAAUUGACGGAAAUGCUUUGCUCGGAAAAUGAAACUUUAUUCGAAUGUUUCCAUGAAUAAUCAGCAGAAGGUUUCAUACGAGAAAUUUUCAUCGUGACUAUAUGAUCCUGACGGAGAAUUGCGAGCAUUUACAUAUGGUUCUACUAUUUUGUAUGUACGUGUAAAAUUAAUCUUUCCAGAUGUGCAUGAGAGUAUCGGUUGAAUUGAAUCAAACGACGAGAUCCAAUUUUAUUUGUUAUUCGGUAUAAGUUAUUAAGAACUUUAGCCGUUUUGUAACAGAAAUAUAUGUUUUGUCAGUAUGUUCAAAUUAAUAAUAAAUUAACAAUUUGAAGCAACACCCAUUAUGUUUCCUGU